ACUAUUUCUUCAACACAAACUCUCUUUUAUACUUACACAUAUAAAAACUCAAUUCAAACAAGAUUUUCAUACUUUUAAAUAAAAAUACUUGCAAGAAAAAGAGUUCAGUUGUAAACAAGAGAUCGUUAAGAAAAGACGUUUAGCGCAUAAAAAAGUGGAUUUAUUUUAAACUCAAAAAAAUCAUACUUGUGGAUUAAUUUCGUAACAAACAACACAAAAUAAAAAUGGCUAGUGUUUGCAUGUCACAGAACAACUAUCAACAACAACAUCACUUUGAAAUUGUCAACGGCAACAUGAUGAUGUUGCAACAACACCAUCAGCAACAACAAAUGCCUGUACAGGCUCAAUAUGUCAACAAAUUGCAACCUAUUGCUCCAGCUCAACCCAAAAUUUUGGGAACCAGCAACUUGCAAAAUAUUCAACAACAACAAGCUCCAGGACCCAUGAUGGUCAAGAAGAAGUACACUUAUGCCAACAUGCCCUAUGGUGAGCAAUUGCCCUCAGUAGCUCGCCGCAAUGCUCGUGAGCGUAACCGCGUUAAGCAAGUCAACAAUGGUUUUGCCAAUCUCCGUCAACACAUUCCUCAAACCGUCAUCAAUACACUGUCCAGUGGUGGCCGUGGUGCUAGCAAGAAACUCUCCAAAGUUGAUACUCUACGCAUUGCUGUUGAAUACAUUCGUGGUUUACAAGAUCUUUUGGAAUCAUCUAAUCAAGCUGGUUCCUCCAGCAGCAUGCAACAACAACACUAUGAUGAAACCAGUAAUGAUGGCAGCAACUAUGGUUACUCUUCAAUUGGCAGUCCUGUUGACAAUCAAUCCUACCAUAUGACCCAUUCUCCAACCUCAUCCUACUCCGAUUCCGACAUUUCCAUCAAUGGUGCCAACAGUUUUGUACAACCUUUGAAAUUGGAAGAACCCGAACAACAAGAUUUCAAAUUUGAUUUCUCCGAACAACAUGAUGAUGAAGAACUUUUGGAUUACAUUUCAUCUUGGCAAGAUCAAUAAGUUGGUAAAAUUUUGCCAACAUUGCUACAAAGAAAAAAAACAUACCCGCCUUUACGAAAAACAAAUUGAAAUUCAUCUCUGGUUCCUGCUACUCAUGAAGAAAGAAGAAAAAAUGAAACGAAUAACAAAAGAACUAGUCUGUCAGUUGUACAAAUGUAAAUAAUUCUUUUAUAUAACUUGCUUUUACUCAAUGAAGCAGUGCCUUGAGUAUUAUUAGUUUAUAAGUUUAAUUUUAAUGGAAGACAAUGAUUUAAAACUUUUUUUAUUUUAUAAUUUUAAGUUUAUUAUUUUUAAGAUGGAAGACACUAAACUUUAGUUAUUAAGCAAAACAAACCCCUUGAAAAAAUUGUUAUAAAUUUUUUUUAUUUAAAUUAUUUAACAAAUACAAAAACACAAAU